AUGGAUGGUAUCGGUCGGCGUUGUGUCGGCGAUCAGUCGGUCACAGCGGCGGAAACUUCUGGCUACGACUCUAGUUCCUUGAAUGUGCCAAUGGAUCGUCGUUCAUGUACUGGACGCGUCGCUAGGCUUGGAUCACCUCGUGAUUGGUGGCGGCGGACUCGUGGCUGUCAGCGUUUGGAUUGCCUAUCGGCUGGUCCUCGGCGAGCGGCAAUGCGGCGGGCUUGGGUAACGAAUUAUGGUCGGUUCACGUCUGGCUGCUAG